ACCUGACAUAAUGAUGAGGCUAUUAAGGGGUAAUUACAAGGAAUGAGGUCGCUGACAGCUUACUGUACUCCUGGAGAUAAGGUGACUUAUUAGUACUUCAAACCGGACUGAGAGGAUAUAAAUAAAGUCCAUUGACAUCUUAUAGUGAACAUUUAAUUGUGUUGACUGAGUGAAAGUGUUUUCAUGUUAAGAUAAUAAACUCUGGGGAGUGCUCAAGUUUUUAUUUACUUAGCUUAGUCUUUAGUACUGACUUUACUACAUGAAGUACUAUAAGGGAACAUCUCACAACAGCUGGAGUUUACAGAGUCUCAGUAUCCCCUUGAUUCAAGGAGAUUCUGUUAUAACUGAUUACCCUUGUGUCAAUUUGGACAAUUGUUUAAAAAUGAAAAUUUAGUGAAGAUUAAAGAUAAGUUGACGUUAAGCUUUAUGAUGUGCCUUGUACAGCCAUUGUUUUUCUAAGUUAUUUCAACGAUUACAUUGAGAUAAAUUAUUCGACUAUAAAGGACAUAACUUCUCUGCGGCUAUGCUGCACUGGUGGUGACUUCAGAGUGAGUAAUCGGAGUUGUGGGUUUUGAGACCUUCCUGUAGAUUGUGUGUGAUUAUGGGCCGUAUGAGAAGAUGACAUUUGGUGCAGUACUAAGUCAAGGCCUGGAGUAGAACCUAGAAUCGUAAUCGCUUACAAGAGGGGAAGUAUUGACGGAUGUGUGACGUCCCCUCAUCCGUCUCCUGGCCUUCGGACUUCAAGGUGUAACGGCUCUAGUGACCAAGGAGGCAGAAAAUGUGUCAGCUACUCUGAAGUUCACAAGUUUUUUCACUGGAUGUACACAUUUGACAUAUAUUUUGCCUCAGGGGAAUUUUUCUAUGUUAGUGGUGUACUAAUUUUUUUGCAAAAAUGGAUAUUUUGGACAAUAUUAUCCGUAAGAGUAAGCGUCACUCUGAAAAUCUACAAACCUUUAUAAAAGAACACAUAAAGCAGAAUAAUAUGGAGGGCAGUUUAUACUGUGAUAAUCAUAUCCCAGCUAUGUCCAAGCCUCCACUGACCUCCGGGAAAUCUCGGAUCCCCUCCUCUCCGGAAGACCAUGAGUCAAUGCAUGCCUUUGAGAUGCUGAUAAAUUACCAGGAGAGAAGUCGGAUAGAUGACCAGAGGUGUGACAUCAGCUCAUUCAUUCCAAAGGGGGCGUCCGCUGAGUUUUACGAAUACGUCCUGAAUUUCCAGAGUCGGGGGCGACUGGAGGACCAGCGGUGUGCGAUGCCUGAUGGCCCUAAGCCUCCUCUCACACCCACACAAAUUGAGCAGAGGAAAACCAUGGAGCAAAUGGAACAGAUUCUGAAGGACCCUGCCCCCUACCCUAUGGUCUAUAUCCCCCCUAAUGUGGGGUACUGGGAGGAGAGUCUUAACAACGCUAACCCAGAGUCGACCAGCCGAGUUCUUCAGGAGUCCACAGAUAUCUAUGAAGAUGAGGGCAAUACAGCCUACAGAAAGUACUUCCUGGGUCAGGAACACUUUAACUACUGUGGACAAGAUGUGGCCCUUGGUCCUCUUCUUCUGUCCCUGAAGGAAGAGACCACAGAGAGUGGAGAAGACGCGAUCCGAUGUGUUAUCAGAACAAAAUCCCUCUCCCAACAUAAAGUCAUUCUGUACAGUCAGCUGGAUAAUAUUCCCAACCCUGUCAAGAUCGCCAAGUGCUUCUAUGAGGAGAUAACCUGUGAGAAGUUUGAGCCUGUACUAACCACCAAAGGCUCGGCGUCCAUCGUCCAGUUUGAUGAACAUAACAGGACCAAUCUAUACAAGUUUGGAGUCAUCUGUCAGAAAUUCAGACAGACAAAAGAAGAGCAGCUAUUUGGGAAUAGAGCUCACAGCGACAGAAUGGAGGAGUUCCUGAGUAUGAUUGGAGACAAGGUUUCCCUCAAAGACUUCCAGGGGUAUCGUGGAGGGUUAGAUACCAUGUAUGGGCAGACUGGGGAUAAUUCAGUGUAUGCCAACUACCAGGGGAGAGAAAUCAUGUUCCACGUGUCUACACUGCUCCCCUAUACUGACGGGGACCCACAGCAGUUACAGAGAAAGCGACACAUUGGGAAUGAUAUUGUAGCCAUAGUUUUCCAAGAAGAAAAUACUCCUUUUGUGCCAAACAUGAUUGCCUCCCAUUUCUUGCAUGCUUAUAUUGUUGUUCAGCCGUUUACUGAAGAUGGAAAGAACAAAUACAAGGUCGCUGUGGCAGCUCGUAAUGAUGUUCCUAAGUUUGGCCCACCUUUACCAAAUCCAGCUGUUUUUGAACAGGGGCCAGAAUUCAGAGAUUUCAUUCUGACCAAGCUCAUCAAUGCAGAAACAGCCUGUUAUAAAGCAGAACAGUUCUCUAAACUUGAGGAGAGGACCCGCACCGCCCUGCUGGAGGUUUUGGUGAAGGACCUGGAGCGGAAGACAAACGAGUUGUUUGGGACCAGCUCACCUGGUCCAAUCUCAUCAAAGGACUCGCGGAACUUCAUGGACAACAUAAAGCGAGCACUUAGCAAGAAGGACUCUCGUCCGCUGGAUUCCAGCAGUCGGAAGUCAAACGGGUCGGCCUCUCUGGCCCCUGUGGGAGAGGAUGAUAAGUUGUCUAGUCCCAGGAAAUCCCCGAGUGUCGGUAAGAAGGUUGGGCGACACAGUUUGGAAAGAAGAUCAGUGGAGAAAAAUCAAUUUCAGCGCUUUGACAGUCACAGUACUCAGUCAUCCUACAGAACAUGUAGCACACCCAACAGUCCUCAAUCCAGCCCUAGCUCCACCGCCUCAGCCCCAAGGCUUGCAAAUUUUCAGCAGUUAUCUCCCUCUAACUCUGAGAGCUCGUUUAACAGCAUGGAAGAUUUUUCUAAUGGUCCAGGUAAUGGACCACACAAUCACGAGGACUCCGACACAGGCAUGGAGAGCAUGUCAUCAGCAGGUACCCCCUGUAACCCCCACAUGAAGACGUCCGUCUCCAACAGUCUGAGUGAGGACAGCUGUGGGUGUGUGUUUGUCCCCCAGGAGGGAGAAGGAUACGAGAAUGUAAACAGGCACAAUGAACACCUCAGUACAGAAAUUCAGAAACUCAAAAAGGAAAAGAAGUUGGAUCAGAGGGAAAUCCAGUUACUGAAGGACCGAGAGACUCAGCUCAUGAUUGAACUGCGCAGUGCUCAACAAGAAAACCAGAAACUUAAACUGAACCUCAUAGCGGGGAUCAGUCAUUAUGAGGCCACGGUUUGAUCCCUCCUGAAUUAUAGGAAUGGGGAUCAGUCGUUGUUGGCCCAUCAUUCAUUUGUUAUCUGUAUUCUGUACAGAGUGUGGGGGCACCGGUCCGUUUGGACCCUCCUGUGUUAUAAACAGGAACUCAAAAGACAUGCACCACUGCCAUAUAUCUUGAAGUGAUUGACAACCUGAGAGGAAGGAAGGUGGACUGUCUAGCCGAGGCCUAGAUCCCCUGAAUGUGGGAAGUGGUCAGUACCAGUAGACAGGAGUCCCUGCGAUAGACAGAGACAGGAAACAUGACACAAACAGGACCCAUAUAUAGGGCAGAUCAACCUUGACAGUGACCUCAGCAAUUCCACGAUCAUUUCCAUCAAUCCAUGUACCACUCGUGAGAGCACAAACUCACUCUGUGUAAUCUCGAGAGAUCAUCAGAAACUUGCUGUAUCAGUACAUUUCUGAGAGUAUCGUUAUCUCACGGUGACUCAAGAGAUUUUUAAGGAUUUCUACAGAUUUUGUAGGAUCUUCUAUUUUGAAGAUCUCUACAGGUUUUGUAGGAUCCUAUAUUUUAACAGACAAAGUUCUUCUAGUCAUUGGCUAAUGAAUUAUUUUUGUUGAAUGUGAUUUUGUGCAUCGACAUGUUACUCAGCUGUUGAAAUGUUGUUAAAUUGUUGACUCUGUGACAAUCAGAUCCCGACCCAAACAAGCAGAUACUUCUGCUGAUGCUGUUAUUUUAGAUGCUUCAUGCUUCAAGUGUGAAUAAUUGUUAUGCUGUAAAUAGUUAUCAAAUGAAUGCAGAAGUGUUGGAUGUUCAUUUGAGUGAGGAAGUGGUAGUCUGAUUUAAUAAACAAAGUCUGCAGAUUAUAUAGCAGAACCAUGGCACUGUCCUAAUGUUAUACAAAAUAGUGCAGAGAAAGUAUUAUACAGAUUUAUUAUGUCAACAAGUAAAAUUUGCUGGCAAGCAUACAUUAUAUAAUGGGAAAGUGCUUUGAUCAAAAGAAACUUGAGAUUCAAGUGUAUAUGGUGCGAGUCUGAGAUGUGUUUGAGAUAUAAUUGUAUCAGUCUGAGACACGUGUGUGAUACGUGCAAGUUUGAGAUGUACAUAUGUAUGAGUCAAUGUGUGUGGUGUUAAUGGGUAGAUGUCUUUGAGGUGUUCCUAAGAUGUAAAUUCUGAAUGGUUAGAUUCAAGUGUACAUAGCAAAUACUGGUAAUUAAUGUUUUCAAUUUGAUCAACAUCAUAACUUCUUUCAUUUCUUUUUUUGGUGAUCUUUAUGUUUUUUGGUUUUUCUUUAACAUUUCUUGCUUUGAAAAGCCAAGAGUUUAAAGUCGAAUAACACAUCGUCACAAAAUGGCUGACCUCUGAUCGAAACGACGUUUCGUUUUAUUUAAAGGAUUUUAUCAAUGCCAACAUCCAAAUUACUUCCUAGCCAAAGGGAAAAAGUGUCGGGCUUGUGAUCCAUACAUCCCCCGUUCGAAUCCCAAAGGGGCUUUUGUUGUUACUUACUUAUCAUAAUUGAAUUUUUUAGUUAUAUAUUUUUUAUCCCAAAUUUGCAAAUUUUUCGCUUAUUUGAAACAUGUACAGUUCAUUUAUCAUUAUAUCUUUCAUGAUCAAAUAAUUUACUGUUAAUAUGAGUGACCUUUUCCAGCUGUGUUAUUCCACCUUAAAAUCUGUUCACCUUUAAAUUUACAAUGAAAUACAAAACUGCUGGUUUAGAAUUAAGUCCUUUAAUAUACAUGUAUGUUAAAAAUGUGAAAGUGUUGGCGAGAUAUACGGAUACCUUGAGACCAGUUUGGACGUCUGUCCGUGUUGUAAUUGGAUGUCUGAGAUAUUAGUCUGUAAAACAAAAAACUUAGCAAUAUGUGUGUUUGUGGGAUAUCUACAUUCAAGUGUGUAUGAGAUAUUUCAAGUAUCAAGUGUGUCUAAGAUACAUGUGUUUGUGUGUCCGAGAUACACACGUUUAAGUAUAUGAGAUAUAUCUGAGUGUUUCUCUGAGAUACAUAAGCCUGUGAUGUCCGAGAUCAGUACCUAAGUCAGACACUGAAGCAGAGAUCCUGAAUGUGGUUGUGAAUGUUUGAUACAAGAGUGUUAGGGAGAUUUGUCUGUGUGUGAUAUGAGUGGAUCAUGGUUCCUGUGUAUUUGUUUGUAGAUCAGAGUGGAUGGAGACAGGAUGUACAGUGUGGUGACUGGAUUCCGUGGAUGGCUUAUCCAUGGAAACUGGUUUGUGUGGAUGGUGUAUGAUAUCGUAUACAUGGUAACGGAUUGAGUGGAUUUUGUAUGAUAUUGUAUCCAUGGAAACUGGUUUGUGUGGAUGGUGUAUGAUAUUGUAUCCAUGGCAACUGGUUUGUGUGGAUGGUGUAUGAUAUUGUAUCCAUGGUAACUAAUUUGAGUGGAUGGUGUAUGCGAGGUUCUUGCUGUGACUACCUGGUGCUACUCUGGUUAUGUUUGUGCAAUAUUUUGUAUCAGAUUCUAUUUGAUGUCAACAAUGUGUUCAAUGACCCAGAUUCCAUGUUUUACCAAAAAUUGGUAAAUAAAUUAUCUUUAUGUCAAA